CAUGGUAACUAUAAAAUUCAUUUUCCGAAAUUUACAGUAGAAACCUUUAAAGUCCAACUUAGUAUUUCUUCAAAAUGCACCGAUAAAAUCCCUUGAAAUUAACAGAAUACAAAGUUAUCACAUAAUAGUUUUUAUAUGCCAAAAAUCAGAUAUGUGUUAUUUCAAAUAAGAAAAAUAAUUCACCUUGGUCAUAUAGAAAUUUGCUAUCAGGAGUGCAAACUUCUACUAGAGUUAUUUCCCUUAGUACAACUCUUUUGUUGUUUAUGUUGAAAAUGAAAGUAGCUUCAGCAGCAGACACACGAAAUGGUUUGCAAUUUUAACACAAACUGCACUACAGAUGAGUGUUCUGAUGAUGUAACUGAUAUCAACACAUGUGAUUGCAAUGACAAAAAUAUAAUUUUAACUGAAUCUGGUCUUUUGCCAAAGAAUUUUACUGAUUUUUAUAUAUGCUCAACCCAUUUUAACCAAUUAUUGAAAAGAAACUCGGAUUUGAGAAGGAGAAAAGUAUGUCAGCUUCCUACUUUGAUAAGUGCUCAUCCUCCAGUAGCAUCACAUUCUGUUGUUGGUGUUAAAAAGCCAAAGCCUAGCCGCAAUAUCACCAUCAAUGACGUAGAGAAAAUUCAGAAGUGUUAUGGCCUCACACUUCCUAUUGGAACACCUGCAUGCACUAGCUGCCUUAUUAAAAUUUCCAAGCAGUCCACAGAGAUAGAAGCUGAAAGUCUGGAUCAAGGAAAGUGUGAAGAUGACCAGAUUCAGCAAUGCACAAACUUGAAUACAGAUGAUGAAACCUAUCUCAUGGAGACUGACGAGUUGGAUAUGUUAACAGAAAAAGAAAAUAUUUGUGAUAAUCUUAUUGAAAUUUCAGCAUCUGAAUAUACAGUUACAUCAGAAGAGUCAGGAAGUCAAAAUUAUUUAUCCCAGUCACAACAAUCAGUCAGAAGUUAUGAACGUGGCAGCUACUUGACAUCUUUGAAUGAUUUCCUGUCAUCAGUCAGAUUGCAGGAAUUCUCAGAAAAAGAAAGAAAAACAUGGCAGUCCUACACAUUUAAAACAAGAAACACCUACAAAGAAAGAAUUGAUGAGAUUAUGAAAUUGAUAAUAGGAAUUUUAUUUCCAAAUGAUGUUGACGAAGUAAUUGAAGAUAUAAAAUGUCCCAAGCAGUUAAAUGAAGAAAACAGAACCGAUCAUACAGAGUACAAAGAUAUUGUCACUUCAUACAGAAAAGCAGAAUCCUGGCAACAAGGGAGACAAGUUCUUUCAGUUCUUGCCUCAAGAAUGUCCUUCAAGGACUUACUGUCUCUACUACCAGAAGUAACAUCCCAUCGCUACUAUGCUGCUCUCAGUCAUUCAAAGAAAAUAGGGCCAGCACUUCCAAUUCCCGAGAAAAAACUGCAUCGACAAAAAUUAGAUCCUGAAAGAUUAGACUCAUUCUUAGAUUUCAUUACAUCCAGUCAUGUUGUCCGUGAUCUACCGUUUGGGGAAAAAAAACUAAAGUUUUCAGAUGGAACAGUCCACAAUUUACCUAAUGUUGUACGUUGCAUGGGUUCAGCAGACAUAAUACAGCAGUACAAAGCAUACUGUCAGGAAAAUGAAGUUUUACCUUUAGGUAAGGCCAAAUAA